ACGAGCUGGCGGUGCCGCGGGCGAGGGCGGCGUGGCGCUGGGCACCGAACGCGCGUUCUCCUUCGACUCAUGCCUUCGAUCCUCACAUCACGCAGCAGGAUGUGUACGACACUUGCGUGAGGAAGCUGGUGGAAGCUUUGCACUCGACGGCUACAACGCUACUGUACUCGCGUAUGGUCAGACCGGCUCCGGCAAGACAUAUACCAUGGGCAGCGGGUGGGAGGGCGAGGGCGAGGGCCAGGAGGAGCGGCGGGGCAUCAUCCCCCGCGCUAUCCGCGACCUUUUCGCCGGCGCCGAGGCGAGAACUGAGACUGCUCGCGCCCAGGGUCAACUGCCUCCAGAAUUCUCAGUGCAGGCACAGUUUAUAGAGCUCUACAACGAGGAUAUAGUCGAUCUGCUUGAUCCAGCCAAAGAUCCUUUUGCAAAGAGCGCCCUAAGAAUAACAGAAGAUGGCUGCGGUGGUGUCCGUGUAGUUGGCGCUUCUACCCGCACUGUGAGGGGCGUAAGGGACGCCCUGGGAGCACUCCGAGCAGGAGCUUUAGCCAGAACCACUGCAGCCACCAACAUGAACUCCUCCUCCUCGCGGUCACACGCCGUAUUCACCCUGAUGAUGCGACAAAGGCGAUUAGCUGCUGAUCAGGACAUGGUCGAUCGGGAUACAGAAACGGAAACCUCUGACCAGUACGAAACGCUGACAGCGAAGUUUCAUUUUGUCGAUUUAGCUGGCUCCGAGCGACUUAAGCGUACAGGUGCGACGGGCGAACGCGCACGCGAGGGCAUCUCCAUAAACUGCGGACUCCUCGCCCUCGGCAACGUUAUAUCGGCGCUAGGCGACAAAUCGAGGAAGGCGCUACACGUGCCCUACAGAGAUUCCAAGUUGACCAGGCUGUUGCAGGAUUCCCUGGGAGGCAACAGCAAUACAGUGAUGAUAGCGUGCGUGUCGCCGAGCGACCGCGACUUCAUGGAGACGCUGAACACGCUCAAGUACGCGAACCGGGCGCGCAACAUCAAGAACAGGUGCAUCGUGAACCAGGAUCUCACCUCGCAGACCAUCCGCGUGCUGCGCCAGGAGGUCGCCAAGCUGCAGCUCGAGCUCGCCGAGUACAAACAGGGCAAGCGCAUAAUAUCAGAAAACGGAGAAGAGGGCUGGAGCGAUGUUGUCCAAGAGAACGCGAUACUCACCGGCGAGGUGGAAUCUCUGCGGCGGCGCGUGAAGGCAAUGCAAGGCACCAUAGAGCAACUGUCCGCUAGAAACAGCGAGCUGCUGGCCGAGAAAGCGCUGGGCACGUGGGCGCCUAAGGAUGGCAGUCCUGACGCUACAGACUGUUCACUCACCGCGUUGGUACAGGGCUACGUGAGCGAGAUCGAGGACCUGCGCGCGCAGCUGCUGGAGGCGACGGCGCUGCAGGAGGCCAGCCGCCGCCGCGAGCUGCAGGCGCGUGCCCGCCACGACUCGCACUCGCUCGACCCGGCCAGCCUGCUCGACGACGCCAAGCGCGAGCUCUACAAGGAAAAGGAGCUGCUGGCGCGCAGCAUGGGCGAGCUGGAGUUGCAGCGCAAGUUGGUGGCGGGCGCGGGCGAGGCGGAGGCGGACGGACAACGGCCCAUCGGUGAACGCGAACGCGCCGAGGGCGAGAGCGCAGACGACUCGGACCCUUCCGACGACUAGUCCGACGACGACGACGACGACGACGACUCCGAGUCCAAGGGACAACGCGCUCUAUCAGCACAAUUAGCAGCUUUAAGCGAAGAUAUAGACACGAAGGCGCGCUUGAUCGAGCAGCUAGAAGUGUCGCAGCGACGGUUGGCGGCGCUGCGGCAACACUACGAGCAGCGACUCGAUACAUUGCACCACCAGAUCAAAGCUACUAACGACGAGAGGGAUAAAGUGCUUGCCUCGCUUACUAUGCAAUCAUCGCAACCGACCGAGAAGCUGAAGCGCGUGAAGGAAGAGUACGAACGACGUGUAUCAACGAUGUCGCGGGAAUUAAAGCGGCUGCAAGCGGCGCAACGCGAACACGCACGCCUGCAGCGCUCGCAGCAGCACACCGCGCAGCAGUUGCAAGCGCUGCGGACCGACCUGCAGAACAUGAAGCGGGACAAGGUAAAAUUGGUACAACAAAUGCGACUAGAAGCCAAACGUCAUGCUCAAGCAGAAGCUGCGAGAGCUAAGGAAGUAGCACAACUACGUAAGGAAUCCAGAAGGAAUGCUAAUACAAUUAGAUCACUAGAAGCUGAAAAGAAACUUAAAGAUCAGGUAUUAAGGCGAAAACAAGAGGAGGUAUCGCUUCUAAGACGAGGAAACCGCGACAAACUAAGUAGUCGAGCUGCGGGUAGACUGCAUGAGAGCAGACGAGGUGCGCGCGGUGCGAGGGGCGCGCGGGCGGCGCGCGCGGCGUGGGCGCGGCUGGAGCGCUGGGUGUCGCGGUCGUGCGCGGCGCGCAGCACGCUGGGCGAGCUGGAGGCGGCGCUGGAGCGGCUGCUGCGCCAGCGCGACCGCGCGCGCGCAGACCGCGGGCCCGACGCCGACCAGCUGCGCGGCUACCUGCGCGCCGCCAUCGCCGACACGCAGGCGCAGAUCAUGCAGAUCGAGGAAGAAAACGAGGAGAGCGAACUACCGCAGUUACUGGAACAGAUGGAAACCACAGAAACCGGACGGUAUGCGUUAGAGCGGCUGGCAGCGCUGACGCUACAGCACGCACAGGACGCCGCUCGACACCUCAAAUUGCUGCACGAUACGCGAGCCAUGUUGACAGAGCUCGAGGAGAACUCAGAGCGAACCGCAAGCGCACUACGCGCGGCCGGUGGCGGAGACCAGAACCUCAAUCCCUGGGGCGUGCCUGCGCACACGCUUCACGCGCUCCUGGCCAACGUCUCCUCUGGCACAUCUACCCGUUGCGUGUCGCCUACCGACAGUGCUCUCUUAGAACGGCUGCCUCCCAAUGGCGUACGAGAAGUAAAUACAGCCCCAACUUCUCCACCUGAUGAUAUCAUCAAUUCACCUUUCCAACGAAAUACAGUUCGGCGCGGGUCAGUGCGGCUGCGCGAUCUGGGCGUGGUGCCGCGAGACGAUGACCCCAUGACCCAGUCGCUGGUCGAGCCCACCUCCCCGCGCCCUGCACCCCUCAGCCGCGUGCCCAGCGCGCCCGGUAGUCUAAGGGGCCUGCAGCCGGCGGGGCUGGCGUCGCCGCUGGCGCCGCGCCGCGCCCCGCCCGACAGCCCGCGGCCGGCACGCCGCCCGCUGCCCGCGCCCGCCGUCGUCAAGCCCGCCUCCUUAGACGCGGGCGCGAGUGCGGGCGCGGCCGCGGGUGCCGGUGUGUCGUUGGGGACGCCCCCCGCGUCGCCAGGGGCGGCUCGACGUGCCCGCGACGACGACGUCUUCCUGCGACUCGCCGGCGCCGGCCACGACAACUCGCCGCAAGGCAUCGUUAAGGAGCUCGCGAUUAAGCGCGUGUCUGGCGGGGCUGGCGGGGGUGUGGGCGGGGGCGGGGGCGGCGGCGGUGCGUGGCUGCAGUGCACGCACGUGGCGGAGGGCCACGCGGGCGCCGCGCUCUCACUCGCCGCCACCACGCACAUGCUCUACAGCGGCGGAGUCGACCGCACGGUCCGCGGGUGGGACCUGCAAGCGGGCACGGAGGCGUGGCGCGGCUGGUGCGGCGCGGGGGUGACGGCGCUGUCGGCCGGCGAGGGCGGCGCCGCGCAGGCCGACGGCCGCCUGCUGCUGGCCGCCGCCGGCGCCGCUGUUCGUCUUUUCGACACCAGGAGCCGAACGCCGCUCACCACGCUCUGGUCAUCUGGAGCGACGGGCCCGUGUCCGACGACGCGCGGCGUGGGCGGCGAGGUGGCAGUGACUGCGCUGGCGCUUGCGAACAAUCACCGUCUUUACACCGCCUCUGGGGACAAACUACGCUUGUGGGACCUGCGCAUGUUAGAAUGCGUGUGCAAGGUGUGGUCGGGACACGCUGCAGCAGUGAUGUGCCUAGCAAUAGGUCCCGCCUCCUCCGGCGAUCUAGUCGCCACCGGCUCGAAGGACCAUUAUGUCAGGACGCUCGAGAUGCAAUCACAAGACUCUGGCAGUUGGGAAGCGACAGGGCGGCGCCUACUAGAGCCGCCACACUACGACGGCGUCCAAGCCCUCGCACUCACCGGCGACGCUCUCUACAGCGCCUCCCGCGACACCAGCAUCAAGCGGUGGAGUCUCACCGACAACACUCUCACGCACACGGUGAUGAACGCGCACAAGGGGUGGGUGACUGGCGUGUGCGUGGUGGGCGAGGGCGCGGAGGCGCGGCUGGCGAGCUGCGGCCGCGACGGCUCGCUGCGGCUGUGGGCGCCCGCGCUGCGGUCGGCCGCACCGCCCGCCGCCGCCGCGCUGCCAGACGCGCCGCACGCCCUGCGAGCGCACCCCGACCCCCGCGCCGCCACCCUCUACACCGCCGGCAACGGCGGCGAGGUGCGCGCGUGGCGGUUGUUCAUCGAGCAGUGA